AUGACGUCAACGCCUCUUCCCUUUCUUCAACAGUUGUCUGGCGCUUCCGGCCACCUCUCCAGCCAGACCGACGCCGGUCUGCCUCUACCAGACAGCUUCAGCUAUACCCCGCGUCAGGCCGACCUUGACGCCGGUCUGCCCAGUGCUUCUCUGCCAUCCACGGCUGGCGGCGCGUACAACCAACCUGCUAAUUCGACCCCCGACACCACCAUCUACACCAACGGCCAAGAGAUCGCCGAGGCAAUGGCCGGCCUAAAGAUGGUACAGGUGAGGCUUAUUCAUCGUUCUUUCCAAGCCUUGGACGUCAGUCUAGUCACCGGUUUCAUGGCCUGUCAGGCUACCUUUAUCUUUUUCGUCUAUAAUUAG